UCAAAGGUCAACGCCUCAUUGCUUGUUUGUUUUCUCCGAUUCAAACAAUCAAGAAAAAAUGAUAAACAGACAGAAAUAAUCACAAAUGUUGUCUCUUCUUAUUCCUCUGAUCUCACUCUUAAUCCAAAUCCAAUGUCUCGCCGUUGUUAAGUCGCAACCGGUUCCGUUAAACCAAAUAUGCUCAAACGUCACAGGCAACUUCACCGUUAACACCCCUUACGCCGUCAACCUUGACCGUCUCAUCUCCUCUUUAUCAUCUCUCCGACACAACGGUAACGGAUUUUACAACAUCUCAGUUGGAGACUCCGAUGGAAAAGUCAACUCAAUCUCACAGUGUAGAGGCGAUGUCAAACCUGAAGUAUGUAUCAAUUGCAUCGCAGUGGCUGGAAAAAGACUUGUCACAUUGUGUCCGGUUCAGAAAGAGGCGAUUAUUUGGUAUGACAAAUGUACGGUUAGGUACUCAAACCGGACUAUCUUCGAAAGACUGGAGAUUUUCCCACAAGCAAGCAUAACCGGGACAAGAAACUUCACCGGAGAUCGUGGUGGUUGGGAGAAAUCAUUAAGGGGUUUACUCGAAGGGCUUAAAGACAGAGCCUCUGUGAUUGGUCGGAGCAAGAAGAAUUUUGUUGUCGGCGAAACGAGCGGCCCGUCGUUUCAGACAUUGUACGGUCUUGUUCAGUGCACGCCGGAUGUUUCGGAAGAGGAUUGUUCGUAUUGUUUGUCUCAGGGUAUUGCAAAGAUCCCGAGCUGUUGUGAUAUGAAAAUGGGUGGUUAUGUGUUGUCUCCUAGCUGUAUAUUGGGUUAUGCUACUUGGAGAUUCUAUGAUCCAGUGAACAUUGAUGAGCCAAGCUCAGUGCCUGCGACGCCGUCACGGCCUCCAAAGAAUGAGACGAGAAGUGUCACACAAGGGGAUAAAAACAGAGGUGUACCUAAAGCUUUGAUCUUUGGCGCGGCGUCAGCUGCUGUUGUUGUCUUUGUUAUAGUAUUCUUACUCAUUUUCCUAAGGCUGAGAAGGAAGAUGAAAAAUUCAGAACACCAACAUGAAAAAGAAAACAUUAGCAUGGAUUCCAUGAAAUUUAGUUUCAGUAUAUUACAAGAGGCAACGAGUAAUUUUUCACUGGAAAAUAAACUUGGAGAAGGCGGAUUCGGAGCAGUUUAUAAGGGUGUACUUUCUGAUGGACAACAGAUAGCCGUGAAAAGGUUGUCAAGAAAUGCACAACAAGGUGAAACCGAAUUCAAGAACGAGUUCUUGUUGGUGGCUAAGCUUCAACAUCGCAAUCUCGUGAAGCUCUUAGGUUACUCAAUAGAAGGAACUGAAAGGCUUCUAGUGUAUGAGUUCCUCCCACUUACUAGUCUCGACAAGUUCAUCUUCGAUCCGAUCGAGGGUAAAGAAUUGGAGUGGGAAGUUAGAUACAAAAUCAUUGGAGGUGUAGCUAGAGGACUUCUUUAUCUUCAUCAAGAUUCUCGGCUCCGGAUUAUUCACCGUGACCUUAAAGCUAGUAACAUAUUGUUAGACGAGGAAAUGACUCCAAAAAUCGCAGAUUUUGGAAUGGCUAGGCUCUUCGAUAUUGAUCACACGACUCAACGCUACACGAAUAGGAUCGUGGGGACUUUUGGAUACAUGGCUCCAGAGUAUGUAAUGCAUGGACAGUUCUCGUUUAAGACAGAUGUUUACAGUUUCGGCGUUUUGGUUCUUGAGAUCAUAAGUGGUAAGAAAAACAGUUGUUUCAGCAAUGAAGACUGCAUGGAAGAUCUUCUUAGCUUUGCUUGGAGAAAUUGGAAGGAAGGUGUUGCUUUGAAUCUUGUUGACAAGAUUAUGAUGACAAUGUCGAGUUAUUCAUCGAAUAUGAUCUUGAGAUGCAUAAACAUUGGUCUUCUUUGUGUCCAAGAGAAAGUUGCAGAGAGGCCAAGCAUGGCUUCGGUUCUUCUGAUGUUAGAUGGACAUACUCUUGCUAUUUCAGAACCUUCAAAGCCUGCGUUUUUCGCACAUAGCAACACGGUAUCGGAUAGCUCUUCUUCUUCAGGACAUAAUGCAAAAACUUCAAAUUAUAAUUCCAACACUGAGUUGUAUCCUCGGUGAGUUUGUCUUG